AUGACCUCCGGCGACGAAGAGAAGAUUCGAAGAUUCAGUAGCUUAGAGCGGUCACCGGAGAAGGUGAACUUGGGCGGCCGAAAGGUGAAUCUCAAGUCUCUCUCUCCUUUAUCGACUGUGAUCUUGCAGCUUAGAGCGGUCACCGGAGAAGGUGAACUUGGGCGGCCGAAAGGUGAAUCUCAAGUCUCUCUCUCCUUUAUCGACUGUGAUCUUGCAGAUCCUGGUCUGGCUAGCAGGCGGAUUCUUAGGCCAGAGCUUGCUGAUGGAGAAGAGACGUGCACGUUCAAAGUUCUUCCAUAUCAGAAGGGUCCAUUUGGUCUUGGAGAUUUCGUCAUUGAGUUUGCUUAUGGUUUUGCGUUUGAUUCCAGGACUGAAGAAGCAUCUGAAUGGGAUCAAUGCUCCUACGCACCGGAUGCCUGACAAGCUUGACAGCCCUUUUGCUCGGUAGUUGUUGUCUUGGCCUCACAAAUGGUAGAAGUGCCUGCUGCUCAUUCUUAUCUCCAAAAUCGUCCAAAGUAUGAACUUGCUUCGUGAUAGGCGGUUGAUCUUCUGAUGUGUCGUUUGGUUAUGGUCUGUCACACAGUCAGGACUACCAAGACUUUCCUUGCUGGUUUUUUGUGGGGACUUUACCGGGCCAUGACGCAAUACCAUCCCCAGUACAUUCUAUGGGCUGCUAUUGUAAUGUUAUCAUCUAUGUUGUCAUUCUUGGUUCAACAAUGAUGAUGCUUAGUGUGGGUUGGCAAACCACGCAAUUCUGCAUCCCCAUGAACACUUACGACACAAAUCAAACAUUCCCCGUUGCUGAAGUCUGUUUAUAAUGGGUGAGAGUACUGAUUGAAUAGGUGGGUUCGUGUGAUUUGGUGCUAGGAAUUGGUAGGUCAGAGCAAGAGAAUUGAUGCUUUUGCAGGAUGUAUCGAAGACUUGGUGCUUGUGAGGAUACUGUUGAGAUUUUAUGGUGGUCAGAUGAGAAAACUAAAGUGUGCUUUUAGGCUUCAACUUAAUUACGGGAAGCCUUCCGUCGUGAUGAUAUAUGCAAGUAAGGAAAGGAGAAUGCUUAGAGAAUGCAGCAGCCGAAAGAGGGGAGUGCGAAGAGAGUAAUAGGGUUGCCGAACUGACUUACACUGAGAGAGGAAGAAUGAAUAGAAUACGGAGGAAAAGGAGAAGAUGAGUUGGUAGAGGAGGAGAAAGACCCACAUGCUGCCAGCACAAUUUCCUUGUUUCCCGCUUCAGUUUUGAGGAUCCGGUAC